AGAAGAUCAGUACGAAGACAUGAAGAGAAGAGGAGCAUGGCUGCAGCAGUUGUUCGUGUCAAACGCUGUCAGAACGACGAUCCAGUCGAAGCUCUGUUAGUCUCCUGUAAGAGACUAAAGGCUGCAGAUGGACAGGCAGCCGCCACAGUGACCGCUGAAGACAUCAAGGAGGUUUUCAAGUUCGUCGGAACGGUCGCGAAACAGGGUGACAACCUUCCCAAACAUAUCAAGGACAACAUCACUAAGAUCAGGCCUCAUGCCAAGAAACAGCCCAAGCCCCUCACCAGUAAGAGACAUGAACAGAAUCGUGAUGCCUUUAGGGUGGCCCAACGAGCAAGUCGCUACAAAGUGGUGGCCAGUCACAGGGACAUUGAUGUAGUUCUAGAGAGAGAAGAAAAAGAAGAUGCAGGAAAGAAUGGUCCCAAGGUUGCAGCAGGAGAGGUGGAAGCUGGGCAGCUGUUUGGUGUGUUUGAUGCUGUGGAAGGAAACAGCAAGGAGGAUGAAGAAAGGAAGAAAAAGAGGGCUGAGAGAAAAAUGCAGGAGCUGAGCGACCCUGAUGCCAUCACCUGUAAUUCAGUCCGAAUGAUCCGGGAGAAGCUGACCCUGUCAGACAGCCCAGCAGCUCCACAACAGUCCCCAGAGUUUGUCUACGACAUCUACUACUCGGACUCCCUGGACCCCACCCACCUGCAGCACAUCGUGGAGGUGACAGACUGUCAGCAGAUGGAGCUGGUCCACGAGGAUGCAGAUGAUGAGGGGGAGGACAUCUAUGAUGAUGAGGAUGACAGCAAUGAUGAGAGUAACUGGAGGAAUGACUAUCCUGAUGAGAAUGAAGAGUCCAACAGGGACAUAGACUACUAUGAUCCUGAUUAUGAGUGGAAGGACACUUUUGGCGACCUGUCCAGUGAUGAUGAUGACUACCUUGGUCCCAGGAGGAUGCCAGGCAGUGUGAAGGGUGCGGAGAGUGCUGCCAUGGCCAGGUUCAAGGCCCACCCUCUGGCAGACCUGGAUGACGGGUACUGCUAUACAGUACAGGACGGGGGGAGUGAUAGUGACAAGGGCGGUGACUUUACAUACUGAGGCAUGUUACCUACAGUCCUCACAAAAUUGUAAAAUACAAAAUGGAAUGCAGUGUCAGACACAGCAUGCAGAUACACCUUGAGUGCAGUAUAUGCUGUAAGAAUUAUAGUAACUUUGUAUUGUUGCACUAUUACUAUCCACUGGUGCUAUGUGUACUGACGACUUUUAUGAAGCAUGUGGUGAUCACAUAGUAAUGACUGGAUCAAAAGUCUAUAAACUGGCUAUCAAUACAUGAUACAUUUAUUUCCAGACAAUAGAUUGUCAUGUAAGUAGAAACUCUCAAGAAGGCUUUUGCAUUUGAAAAAUGGUCAUAGAGUACAUGUAGAUUACUUUGCAAACAACUAGCAAAAAUGACUUUGAGAAAAGAAAACAUGGCAUGACUUAGGAUAAGACAUGAAAAGGAAUUUGAAUGAGUAACUCUGAGAAUGAAGAUACAAAGCAAAUAGCAGCAAACUGUGUAAAGAUGAUGAAGUUCUAUUAUGUGAAACUUAGAUAAAGGUAAACUACAUAGGUUAGGUGCAUGUCUUUGACUAAGAUGUAUGUGAAUGCUUCAGAUGACUAAUACAUAUCAAUAUUAUCAAAAUUACAUACAUGUACAUGUAUAUAUAUGUUGGGACUAGCUAAAUGUAAGACAGUUAAUGUUAAGGUUUGCUACACUGUUUGUACUUUGUGAUAUGCAAAAUGCACAUGUACCUCAACCACACUAACUAAACAGAGAAGUUUUAUUUUUUUACCCUUUUAGUCUUUACCAGUUUGAACAUUUCAAGUGCUGAUUAUGGAUGUACAUGGCUGUACAAAUUGGGAGGGAAGAUUUCUACUUUUACAUCUUGAAUGAAAUGAAUUCUUUUAUGUUUCUGGCUAGAGCACGGACUUAUUUGUUGCCUGUAAACUUGCCUAGAAUAAUGAAAAGUGAUAAAAAUGUUGUUGUAUGCAGAUACAUGUAUGUGCACUUUAGAUAAGUUACGGAUGAUUAUCUGGCUGUACUUGAUGUAAAAGUAUGGAAAAUUAGUAACUUCUUCAAUAGCUUUCUCCACCACAGUUUUGUGCCAAACUGGUUAUUCUUUACGUUUAUAUGCCAGUAUGAUGACUGUAUCUUGUCAAUCAGUAAGAACUCACAAGACAGGCACUUGCAUGCAUUUCUAGUUGAUUGUGACACACCAU